AUGGCUGAGUUUCUCAAUGUACUGCCUUACAGGGGAUGGUUUCCUUAUAAUUAUUCGCGACCAAAUAUUUUUAUAAUAACUGCAGCUCAUCAGUUAUUUACAUUUUUUAUCGGCGCGUACGUUCACGUCGCCUUUGACACACUAUUUCUUGGGAUGAUGUUGUACGUUUCAAUUCAGAUCAACGUAUUGCAGUAUCGAUUUAAACAUAUCGUUAGGACAAUGGUUAAGUUCAAUGUCGUAAAUCGAAAUGGUGAUGAGGAAAAUAGUCCUGAUAAAAAACUUAUUGCCGCAUGGGUUGAUCAUCAUAAUGACGUUUUAAGUUUAUCAGAUUAUGUGCAUAGAAUCUUUUCUGGAUCAAUUUUUUUCCAAUAUUGCCUGAGUUCGACUCAAAUUUGCGUCACUGUCUACGCCCUGUCAAGUAUUUCGGUGUUUUCUGUUGAAUUUAUGAGCGGUAUGGUUUUUUUACUCGGUACAACGCUGCAAAUAUUUGUACUUUGUAUGGCUGCUCACCAAGUCACUCUUGAAUUUGCAGACUUAAGCGACUCGACGUACAAUUCCGAUUGGUGUGAUUUAAGUAUCAGGAAUAAAAAAUCUGUUCUUAUUAUCGUUUUACAAACAUUGAAACCGGUUGUAUUUACGACUGGUUAUUUCGUGACUCUAUCGCUUGAGUCAUUCAAAAAUUUCGCAGAUUUCAAUGACGCGAUGUUCGACACCGACUGGAUUAUUCUGAGCACCAGCGCUAAAAAAUCCAUGAUUAUUAUUACUACGAACACUUUCAAGCCAGUAAUAUUUAUGUCCGGCUUCAUUAUAACUCUAUCACUCGAAUCAUUCAAAAGCGUAAUUAAAUUGUCUUACUCCAUUUACAAUGUUCUUCAACAAUCAUAG